AUGGCAUCUUUUGUACAAGGGAGCGUCGCGCCAGGCGAGUGCGCUUGCACGCUCAAGGCCCAUGGUGCAGAGGAUGCCAACGCGUCGGGGUCAGAUGAGGAACCGUGCUGCGCGAGAUCUUCAAGAGGCUGCAGCCACAGCCACGGUUCGACAUCAGCAGAGGCCACCCCGCUGUGUUCCCCCCGUUCUGUGCGAGCCCCGCCCGAUUCGCCAAGAAACGCUUCCAUUGACGAUGACUUCCCAAGCGAUGAUGAUGGGAGCUGGGACGGAGGCUGGAGCUCCUCCGCAGCGUCACCGCGCUACUUUCAUGCCCGGGGUAGGUCUCAGAGCCAGGAGGAGGAGAGUGGUGCCUGUGGGACCUCAUGCUUCAGCCGGGCAAAGACGAGCGACGAGAGAGACCCGUCCCAUGCAAAAAACUGCCCGAAGAUCGACUCAGAGGUAGUCUCGGAACUGGGCGAGACCUUUCUGGGUGGAGCAUUGAUUCAAUUCAACACGGAGGGGAACGGUGUGCGGCUGAAUAUGCAGCAGAUCUUGGGGUCCAGCGUACUCGAGUCCAACUGCAAGCGACUGAGACCCGAGGAGGUGCGAUCGCUGCCUUGUGCGAAGUUCGAGGCUGCCGACGGGCAGAGUUGCUCGAUCUGUUUGGAGCAGUUUGGCCCCGCAGACGCGCCUAGACUUCUUUCUUGUCAGCACGCCUUCCACACGGAGUGUGCCUUGCUAUGGCUCACAAGGGCUGCUAUGUGCCCCAACUGUCGAGCACCAGUGGAGUGUGCUGAUGCUCCAGUCCGGCCCAUGCAGCGGGAGGCUGACGACUUCUCGGAAGUUAUCAGCAACUUCUCCGAGGCAUGA